UUUUUAUGUGCUACAAAAGAUGCCUUCUGCAUCCUGUGAUGCUCUGCUGGGUGACAUAGAAGAUAUCAUGUCACAGGAAGAUCCAAAGCCACAGGACAGACACUUCUCAAGAAAGCAUGUGUUUCCUAAAGUACGAAGGCGGAAUACACCAAGAUAUUUGCAAGAAGAGCCCAGACCACCAAGUGACAGCACUAUUCCUGGCAUACAGAAAAUUUGGAUACGAACAUGGGGCUGCUCGCAUAAUAAUUCAGAUGGAGAAUACAUGGCUGGACAGCUUGCUGCCUAUGGUUAUAAGAUUACAGAGAAUGCAUCAGAUGCAGACUUGUGGCUCCUGAACAGUUGUACUGUGAAAAAUCCAGCUGAAGACCACUUUAGGAACUCAAUCAAAAAAGCUCAAGAGGAGAAUAAGAAAGUUGUCCUAGCCGGCUGUGUUCCCCAGGCCCAGCCUCGUCAGGACUACCUCAAAGGACUCAGCAUCAUUGGGGUUCAGCAGAUAGACCGUGUGGUAGAAGUUGUGGAGGAAACAAUAAAAGGUCACUCAGUGAGGCUCCUGGGCCAGAAGAAAGACAACGGGAGGCGCUUGGGGGGCGCGAGGCUGGAUUUGCCGAAGAUCAGGAAGAAUCCACUCAUAGAAAUCAUUUCGAUCAACACAGGGUGUCUCAAUGCUUGUACCUACUGCAAAACUAAACACGCCAGAGGAAACCUGGCCAGCUAUCCCAUUGAUGAACUUGUAGAGAGAGCCAAGCAGUCCUUUCAAGAGGGCGUUUGUGAAAUAUGGCUGACCAGCGAAGACACCGGGGCCUAUGGCAGAGACAUUGGCACCGAUCUCCCUACACUGCUGUGGAAGUUGGUGGAAGUGAUUCCUGAGGGAGCCAUGUUGAGGCUGGGCAUGACAAAUCCACCAUAUAUUUUAGAGCAUCUAGAGGAAAUGGCGAAAAUCCUCAACCACCCCAGAGUCUACGCUUUCCUCCACAUCCCAGUGCAGUCCGCCUCUGACAGUGUGCUCAUGGAUAUGAAGAGAGAGUACUGCGUGGCUGACUUCAAAAGAGUUGUGGAUUUUCUCAAGGAGAAGGUUCCUGGAAUAACGAUUGCUACGGAUAUUAUCUGUGGUUUUCCUGGAGAAACUGAUCAGGAUUUUCAAGAAACACUGAAACUUGUUGAAGAAUACAAAUUUCCAAGUCUCUUCAUCAACCAGUUCUAUCCAAGACCCGGAACUCCUGCUGCGAAAGCCGAACAGGUUCCAGCACAUGUGAAAAAGCAAAGGACAAAAGAUCUUUCUCGAGUGUUUCAUUCCUACAAUCCAUAUGAUCACAAGAUUGGUGAAAGACAGCAAGUGCUAGUAACAGAAGAAUCCUUUGACUCCAAGUUCUACGUUGCACACAAUCGAUUCUAUGAGCAGGUUUUAGUGCCCAAGAACCCUGUAUUCAUGGGGAAAAUGGUUGAAGUAGACAUUUAUGAAUCAGGAAAACACUUUUUGAAAGGACAGCCAAUAUCAGACACCAAAGUCUAUACACCAUCUAUCAGCAAGCCACUGGCCAAGGGAGAAGUGUCGGGUUUGACAAAGGAAUUCAGAAAUAGGCUUGGGAAUCAUCUGCAUUCGGCUUUAGACACCCGUGCUGCACCUCGGCCUGACUCAGCGUAUUCCAGAAUGGUGCCACAGAUGUCCCACCACGACUGUGCAGUGAGGGUAGCUGCGGGCCUGGCUCUCAUCGCUCUUCUUUUUGCAUUUCUGGCCAGAGUCUAUGCUUACAGUGUAGCUAAAUGAAGCAUCCAUAAGGAGUAAGUUUCUAAUUAGAACCCUCAACAAACAGGAAUGCAACUACACCAAUUCUCAAGAGCCAAUCAUCUGAACUGCUCACACUGCCUUGUCUGGAUCCCUUCUUAAUGAGGCUCACUCUG